AUGAGAGAAGCAGGGAAUGGAGACCUUCCUUCUGAGAACCAGGACAAGGAAAAAAGAAGGAGACUGGCAACACAGCUGACAGAGGAAAUGAGGCUUAUCAGGAGGGAGUUUGAAAGUACAAAAGACAUGGGAAAUGGUGCAAGGUUCCUUUAUGACUUUGAGAAGCGCCUGCCUUUCAGGCAUCGGGAAAUUAGAUAUGCAAGCAUCCCUAAUAAAAAGGCUGAAAAGAGGGCUGUAAACGAAUCUGAUAGAAUAAGAAUGGCAGCCGAGUAUGCGGCAGAGGCCGGGGUUUUAAUGGUGAUGGAUGUUUUGAGACAAUCUAGGAAGGUUGUAUUCAGCAAAGAUUGGGAGGUUGGAUACAGGGAAAAUAACGUUAUUAAUAUUCUCCAAAAGAUUGAAAAGAAAAGAAGGAAGAAAGGCUUGUUGAAGUGUUGCGAAGGAGGCAGGAUAGAUAAGAGAGACGUCGAAAACACAUGGAAAAUGAUGAUGGAUGCAGAAAAGAAGAGGAUGGAUGUGCUAAAUCUUAUAAGCCAUGAGAUAUCUCUUACAAAACGAAGCAGAUUGAUUUGUAUCAACAUCCCUUUCUGGUUCUCAAGCGAAACCGAGGGCCAACAUCCAGAGAGCGACUGUGUAUUUGGAAAGGAGGGUUCUGAGGGUGGAUUGACGUAUUGUAGAACAAAGAUAUCCAAAAUGUAUCCCAAUGAAAGUGUAAGCUAUGAAAACGUGAUUUUUCCAUUGGUGAGAGAUGACAGUCCACCCACGAUAUUCAAUACUAGAAUGGACGAUUCUCCUGAAAAGACUGAAAGGACACCACCAAAGGCUCAAAUGAUUGAAAGAUACAAAAAGUACCUUAAAAGCUUUGCAAGGAUCAAUGCCAAGCAAUCAAGCAGAAGCAACUUCAACAUAGCACAACCAUCUGCAGCAAGCCAUCCAACCAGCCAACACGUCUUUAAGAAGAUACCUAUAGAGUAUUUAAGAUGCAAAAAUGCUAAGGACAUUAUCAAUCACAAGUACAAGCAUGUGGUUGUUGAUCGGGUUGCGCACAUGGCCAGAAGAGCAGAGACCAAGUACUCAUUGGGGGAUUUGGAGGAUGGGCUGUCUGGAGACCUAUGUUCAAGUGGAAGUGAUGAUACAAGCAUUAGAUAUACUUUUCUUAUUGAGGCAGCACUAGGUAAAACUUCUGAUUCUGGAAAGAAAGACAUUCCCAAUGGAGACAUAAAGAAGGUUUCUGGAUGCUGGAAAGAUGAGACCCAGGGAUAUAUUCCUGAAAUGCCACUACAAGUGCCUCGCCGCGAAGGUGGGGAGGUUGCCUCUGAUGCAAAUGGUCAGGCGAGCCUGGGGAAUUCCAGUAAUAAAAAGGUGGAGGAUGAAACGCCGGAAGAACCUCAUAGAAACUCUAUCGGCAGGGCUACUCUUGGAUUUAAAUAUGAUAUGGGGAAUAGUAGAGAUGAAGAAAACGAAUGA